GGUGGUUGAGUUGAGUCAGAAAAAGUCAUUAACUUCAGUAAUUAAAUACUUACAUGCAGCCGAAAGUUUCUCUUUUUUUCUUUCUUUUCAAUGUUUAAUUAAAGUGUGUGCCUUGGAACUAAGUCCAAAAAUUAAGGUUGUUCAAUUUCACCAUUUGGACAUCAACUCUGUUGUAACAGAAACUGUAAACAAGCAUCAUAGUGAAUAUAGCAAGAACUAAGUUGGUUACAUGGAAUCUGUGUACAUGAAUCCCUCUGAACCCGUUGAAGCUCGCAUCAAAAACCUUAUUUCUCUUAUGACUUUGAAAGAGAAGAUUGGUCAGAUGACUCAGAUUGAGCGUUCUGUGGCUACUCCUUCUGCCUUAAAAGAGUUCACCAUUGGGAGUGUAUACUGUGCUCCGCCAAAGAGUGCAACAUCCGAGAAGGAAGUGUCGUCUGAUUGGGCUGAUAUUGCAGAUGGAUUUCAGAAGUUGGCACUUGAAUCACGGUUAGGCAUACCAAUCAUUUAUGGUACUGAUGCUGUUCAUGGUAAUAAUAAUGUCUAUGGUACUACCAUAUUUCCUCAAAAUGUUUCCCUCGGAGCUACCAGAGAUGCAGAUUUAGUACAAAGAAUUGGAGCGGCAACAUCACUUGAACUUAGAGCAAGUGGAACUCACUUUACUUGUGCUCCUUGUGUGGCUGUCUGCAAAGAUCCAAGAUGGGGAAGAUGUUACGAGAGUUACAGUGAAGACACUGAAAUAGUCAGAAAUAUGACUUCUUUAGUUUCAGGCUUGCAAGGCCAACCUCCUGAAACACAUCCGAGGGGCUAUCCAUUUGUCGCUGGGAGGAACAAAGUUAUUGCUUGUGCAAAACAUUUCGUCGGAGAUGGCGGCACAGAAAAAGGUGUAAAUGAGGGGAAUACUAUAUUAUCAUAUCAAGAUUUGGAGACGAUCCACAUGGCUCCUUAUGUGGAUUGCAUUGAUCAGGGAGUUUCAAGCAUUAUGAUAUCAUAUUCUAGCUGGAAUGGAGUCAAACUCCAUGGUCAUCAUUAUCUGAUAAAUGAUAUUUUGAAAGAAAAGUUAGGCUUCAAGGGAUUUGUGAUUUCUGACUGGGAGGGAAUUGAUGAAUUAUGUCAACCUUAUGGAUCUGAUUACCGUUAUUGCAUCUCCACUGCGAUUAAUGCUGGAAUUGACAUGGUGAUGGUUCCUUUAAGAUAUGAAAAAUUCAUGGAAGAGUUGACUUCUCUAGUUCAAUCAGGAGAAGUACCAAUAGCCAGAAUUGAUGAUGCCGUCAAGCGGAUAUUAAGAGUGAAGUUUAUUGCUGAACUUUUUGAGUUUCCUUUAACUGACAGAUCUUUGCUGGAUAGAGUAGGAUGCAAGAUACAUAGAGAUCUAGCACGCGAAGCAGUUCGAAAGUCCUUGGUUCUGUUGAAAAACGGAAAGGAUCCUAGUAAACCUUUUAUUCCGUUGAAUAGGAACGCCAAGAGAAUCCUUAUUGCUGGAACUCAUGCUAAUGAUAUCGGGUAUCAGUGUGGAGGAUGGACACGUACUAAGUAUGGAUCUAGUGGCCAGAUCACAAUUGGCACGACUAUCUUGGAUGCUGUUAAGGAAGCUGUGGGACAUGAAACAGAAGUUAUAUAUGAGCAGUGCCCAUCAACUGAAUUCAUAGAAUGUAAUGAAUUUUCUUUGGCCGUUGUAGCUAUUGGCGAAGCCCCGUAUGCUGAAUGUGGAGGUGAUAAUAAAGAACUUGUAAUCCCAUUUAAUGGAACUGGAAUUGUAGACAUAGUUGCUGAUAAAAUCCCAACACUUGUGAUUCUGAUAUCUGGAAGACCUUUGGUCUUGGAACAAAGUUUUUUGGAAAAGAUAGAAGCACUUGUUGCGGCAUUGUUGCCCGGUACUGAAGGACACGGAAUCACAGAUGUUAUCUUUGGGGAUCAUGACUUUAAGGGUAAACUACCAAUGACUUGGUUCAAAAGAGUUGAACAGCUUGAUCAACCUGUUGAAGGAGUGAAUUCAUGUGAUGAUCCCUUAUUCCCUCUUGGUUAUGGGCUAGCUUAUAAUAAUGAGAUUUCACAUGAUUAAGUAUUUGAGUUAUGCAUGUAUGGUACAAUUGAUUGGCCUUUUACAAUUUUUAUGUCCAUGACAUUUGGUUUUAUUAAUUUUAGUUAGUUAAUC